UGGCUAUAAGGUAGAGUAAGAAGGUGACUGACUGACUGACUGACUAGUGUGUGUUGCUUCAAAAGCCCAAGUUUCAGACCAACGUUACUCCAAUUCUCUCCUUCACAGGAGAGAGUCAGAGACACACAAACACGCUCUGCAACACCACCAUCACCAUCACCAGAGACAAACUUUGCUUUUUUCCGAUUUCACACUCAAGAUUUUUGUGAGGUCCGUUUUCCUUUCCUUGUUGAGGAGAUCACUUGGGGCUUGUUGAAGCUGUGAACGGUUAUUGAGUUACAUUACGAUCUCUGGUCCAUUAAAGAUGGUUGAAAACAUUUCCAAAGCCAACCUUAGCUACCGUGGAGAUAAUGACAUCGUAGAGGACUCCAUAGAUGGUGGUGUGCCUAUACAAAAUGACUCCAAAUUCUUUGAUGAUGAUGGCCGUCUUAAACGAACGGGAACCGUUUGGACUACAAGCUCCCACAUUAUAACGGCUGUGGUAGGAUCUGGUGUGCUUUCCUUAGCCUGGGCCAUAGCUCAGAUGGGUUGGAUUUUUGGUCCUGUGGUGAUGCUCUUGUUUAGUGUCGUCACCGUGUAUACUUCAUCGUUUCUAGCUGAUUGCUAUCGUGUUGGCGACCCCAUUUUGGGAAAGAGAAACUAUACUUUCAUGGACGCAGUUAGCUCCAUUCUAGGCGGAUACAGUGUUACGUUUUGCGGGAUAGUUCAGUACUUGAAUCUUUUCGGAAGCGCCAUAGGAUACACAAUUGCGGCUUCCCUUAGCAUGAUGGCUAUCAAAAGGUCUAACUGCUUACAUUCCUCUGGUGGAAAAAACCCAUGUCACAUUUCAAGCAACCCAUACAUGAUCAGUUUUGGUGCAAUUCAAAUUUUCUUUUCUCAAAUUCCAGAUUUUCAUAACAUGUGGUGGCUCUCAAUAGUUGCUGCAGUCAUGUCUUUCACCUAUUCUAUAAUUGGACUCGCACUUGGAAUUGUCAAAAUUGCAGAAACGGGCACUUUCCAGGGUAGCCUCACAGGAGUAAGCAUUGGAACUGUGACAGAGGCCCAAAAAGUAUGGGGGGUUUUCCAAGCCCUUGGUAACAUAGCCUUCGCCUAUUCAUAUUCUUUCGUUCUCCUUGAAAUUCAGGACACUAUCAAAUCUCCACCUUCUGAAGUAAAAACAAUGAAGAAGGCCGCAAAGAUAAGUAUUGGAGUGACCACAACAUUUUAUAUGCUUUGUGGCUGCAGUGGCUAUGCUGCUUUUGGAGAUUCAGCACCUGGGAACCUGCUCACUGGAUUUGAUUUCUUUAAACCAUCUUGGCUUAUAGAUCUUGCUAAUGCAGCAAUCGUAAUUCACCUUGUGGGAGCAUACCAAGUGUAUGCCCAACCCCUCUUUGCCUUCGUUGAGAAAGAGGCAGCAAAAAGAUGGCCCAAAAUUGACAAGGAAUUCAAAGUUCCAGUUCCUGGUUUUGCACCCUACAAUCAGAACAUAUUUGCAUUAUUUUGGAGGUCUUUUUUUGUUGUCGUAACCACGGUUAUAUCAAUGUUGCUUCCAUUCUUCAAUGACGUUUUGGGAGUGAUUGGAGCAGUGGGCUUUUGGCCUUUAACUGUUUACUUUCCGGUCGAGAUGUACAUCAAACAAAAGAGGAUCCCAAAAUGGAGUAGGACUUGGAUUUGUCUGGAAUUGUUGAGUGUUGUCUGCCUCAUAAUAUCAGUUGUGGCUGGUCUUGGCUCUGUGGUAGGUGUCUUUCUUGACCUCCAGAAAUACAAACCAUUCAGCUUAUACGAUUAAACCCCACACCCUUGUACAUGUAAGGUGGUGAUGUUGUGUUCUUAAUUGUAUCAUUAUCUUGUAAGUAGUGCUAUCAUAAUAGCUAGUGCUAAAUCGAAAUUAUCCCUCUGUAAUAUUUAAGAAGAAUUGGUGCUUCAAUUAAUUGUUGUCGAAUACAUUUGAGAUGCCUUUAUUCUUCAUUUUUUUAAUUGAUUUUUGAUUUUUUGUACAAAUACAAGUGG